AUGACUCCCAGUCACACCUCAGGCCACCGGACAGUCAAAACAGUCCACAAAUGCUCCAUCAGAAACACCUAUCCAGACAACAACCACCAUUUUGCAGACGCAGAACUCACUGCCCUCUGUAAACCCAACACUUUCUACAGCACAGGCACCAACAUCUCAGGCUCUCAUGACACCAACUGCAUCACAUGUCUCUCCUCAGUGACGUCCAUACAGACCAAUUCCAAUUUUCCAAGCUCACCUGUACCUUGGCAGUCAUCCACACCACAGCCAUUAUUUUCAACGUCUUCUCUGUCCCCCACUCCCAAGUCUCCUAACACCCCAACUCUCCAACACACACCAUCAGUUUCCACAUCUAUGUUACUGAGUACAAUUCUUUCAACAAGCCCAAUGAUGGGUACACGUUCUCCCACCACAGAACCACCUGUCUCCUCUAGUAAAACUGCCACUACCCCAGUUAAUUCUGCAUUUACAACAGCAACAACUCCCUCGGAGCUGAGCCCUUCCUUAGUUCCCCACAGUUCUGUUUCCCCUUCCCCUUCUCUCCCAACAAGCUUCCCAUCCACUGUGGUUUCUCUCAGUAGUGUCCCACAUUCUCCCUCUGUUCCAUCCCCCACCUCUCUCCUGUCCACAUCUUUUCACUCUUCAGCAUCCUCCCAUUCUUCUUCCAUGACGUUCCCUCUCACACCUACUCCCAGCCCAGCAUCACAUUCGCCAUUGUUCACUACCCCCGCCACGGUGUCUUAUCCUUCAUCCGUUUCUUCCUUUGAGUCCCCAUCUACUUCCUCUACUCCUGUUAUAUCCUCUGUCUUACCUCUUGUCACCUCGUCCACUCCUUCCUCUGCUCUCCCCACUUUCUACACAACUCCCACCCUAUCUAGUAGGCCAACCGCCAGCGUUAGCCUUCUAUCCACUGCCAAGACUACAUCUUACGUCCCCACCUUUUCUUCGUUCUCCUCAAAGUCCACCACUUCCCAGUUUACUUCCCUCACUACCCAAUCCUCUACAUCCGGGCUGCUGUCUUCAACCAUGGGCAUGACAGUCUUCCCAAGUUCCCCAGACACCAACCACACGGCCAGACCCCCUGGUACCAGCCCACUGCCUACAACUGCGUUCCUGAGCAGCCCUGCUACUACCAGUGGAAGCUCCUCGCCUUCUACCCUAGUGUCACCCUCCAAACCGGACUCUUCGAUCUCUCCAUCCCCCCAACCUGAGACCUGCAGCUUGCAGGAAGAGGAGCGAGAGAUUACCUACCAAGGCUGCACAGCAAAUGUGACUCUAACUCGUUGCCAGGGUUUGUGUGCCUCCUCUGUCAGUUUCAAUACUGACACCCUGCAGUUGGAGUCCUACUGUGGCUGCUGCCAGCCUCUCAAUACCUAUGAGAAGCAAGUCUCCCUGCCCUGUCCAGAUCCCAAUGCACCAGGUCAGCAGCUCACACUCACCCUCCAAGUGUUCAGCAGUUGUGCAUGUAGCCCCCUGCAAUGCAAGGACUAAAUAACAACUGGUUUCUUGGGCACAAGGGGGUCAAAAACAGACAGACACACAUGCAAAAGCCAUUUCUGAUACUUCCCUAACACUGUAACAAGCAAUCCUCUUACUGGCCACCGGCAUGGCCUCAAAGAGACCUUGGACAUGGCUCACCCUGAGACAGCGGAGAAACAGAGCAACAGCUGUCAUGCAAAGGCUCCUACCAUCUACCUCCUGCAGACCUUGACCAAGCAAAACAGACCUUCUGUGGAAAUGAACUACUCACAUUCCUUCAACCUUUGAUGCCUUGGGAAUUUCCUGUCCACCUGUAUACACCUCCCAGCCUCUGGCUAUAAUGCCCAAGAGAUCAGAGCGCACCAAAGAAGGUGCUGGGAAGACUAGGUGGGGUACCUGGGGAGACACUGGGAAUAACAGGAGGAAGAUGCGGGAGUAUGAACCUUGGGUAGGGGCAGGCAGCAAGAUAAGCACCAGAGAGGCACAAGGAAAGGUCUCCCCAGAGUCAGGAAGAAGUGAAAGCAUUGGUACCCGCUGGACAGAAGGCCAUCACCCAACAAUGAGCAGAUUCCAAAUAAACUGGUUCUUUUCAAGGCAGAACCUGGUGUAUGCAUGCUGCUGUCUUCUUCCAGGAUCCUGAGCAUGAUGUCACAAAUAUUUGCACAGAGCAGGUCAUCAGGACCUGGGACUGUGCUCGGUAGGGCUAAGACAGAUAUGCCCUGGUCUUGAGCUACUUCCAUCCAGGAUUUUGCUAAGUCUAUGCUGAAUGAAACCCACUAUCUUCCAGGCUUCCCAGGCAAGGACCAUCUCUCAUGUGCAGCCCCAGAGUGGGGCAAGGGAGAGAAGUCCUGAGUCCAUGGGUCCUAUGUGCUUAGAUCAAAUCUUCCAGGCACAGACUUCAGUGAACUGUAGCCACAGACUUAUGGUAGUAUAUGGACCCAUGCUAGGCUCAACACACCCAGCAUCACACAGACAGAGCUAGGGCAAUCAUUUCCUGAGGUACCCCUGAAUUUAGAGGCAAGUAGCACUUGAGAGUCCUUGGUUCUGAGGAGUACUC